AUGGCUCAUCAUAUUGGAGAGCAUUUCAUCGGUAUCAACCAAAUGGAUGGAAACUCAAGAUCUUCAUCAAAACGAGCGAAGUUGUUGGUCAUGAGGAUGGGUCCUCAGAUUAAGAAGCUCUCCAUCAAGCAACAAAAUGAACGUCUGGAGAUUGAGAACAAAAUACUGGCGAUAGAGAACCACAAAAUGCGCGAGGAGUUGAGGACAUACCGAUGUGUUGCUUGCUUGAAGAUUGAAAAUGCCUGCCUGAAAGCUGAGCUUGCACGCUCGUUUCGUAACACUGCUGCAAUUCUAGAAGCUGAAGCACAAUUUGAAGUGGAGGUUGGGUUUUCCUCUACAGCACCCCAGAUUCCAGCGGAUACUAGCGCAACUGGACCACUCCAGCCAGGCGACCUCAUCAGCAGGUCUGCAUCAUUCGUGAUCAGCAAAUACUUCCAGCAGCAGCCUGACAUCAACAAGAUUGUCCAAAGGCUACAGAGUGUUGUACUGAGAAUCGACAUCGUCGUCGAGGAGGCCGAGGCGCGGGACAUCACCAACCAGGGGAUGCUCCGUCAGCUCAAGAUGUUGAGGCAAGGGAUGUACAGAGGCCACUAUGUUCUCGAUGCCUUGAGAUUCCAAGCAGCCCUCGACGAGGAGAAGGUAAGCCACUCAUCAUCUGCGCUCUCUAAAUCCAGUGCAGCCAAACGGCUCCGUUUCUCUCGGACCGGCAGUGGCAGCAGCAACAGAGAAGCAUUGUUGUUUGGCACAAACAGCAACAUGCGAGAAGAGCUGCAACAGAUGGUUGAUACCCUUGAAGACACCGUGGCUGGUAUGAAGGAGUUUCUUUUCUUCUUGGAAUUGUAUCCUCGGAUACUUCGCCAACCUUACGGCACAUAUUUGCUCUUGGACAACUGCAUGUUUGGUCGCCAAACUGAACAGGAAUGGGUCCUGAAUUUCUUGCUCUGUCCCAGUGUUACACCAGACUUGGCUGUACUUCCGAUCAUCGGUCCAAGAAGGGUAGGGAAGAGCACCCUUGUUGAGUAUGUCUGUAGGGAUGAGAGUGUGCGUGGUCACUUCUCGAUGAUCUUGUUCUUUGCAGAAGGUAGUCUCAAGGAUGAAGGACUUGUUGACCUGAAAGGAAACAAUAUUAGUGGUCUAGUCAGACAUCAAAAUUCUGCUUCUCAAAACAGGUUGCUGAUUAUUGUUGAACUAGCUGAGGAUAUUAAUGAGGGAACAUGGAGAAGGUUGAAAUCUUCCGCAAGCAGCAUGGCACCAGGUGGGAGCAAAAUUGUAAUCACCAGUCGAUCAAAUAGAAUUGUGAGUCUGGGAACAACAGAAGCACUUCGACUGGACUAUCUCCCGCAAGAAGCUUAUUGGCAUUUUUUCAAGUCGCUUGCAUUCGGAAGCACAAACCCAGAUGAGCAGCCAAAUAUGGCAAAGAUGGCCAUGGAGAUGGCUUUGGAGCAGAGGCAGAGUUUCACAGGCGCGCGUAUCAUUGCUGGGAUACUGCAAGAUAACUGUAAUCCUCGAUUUUGGCGCACAACUCUUGAACGUACGAGAGCAUCUAUACAGAUAAAUCUCCUUAUGCUUGAACAGCACCCAAUGCUUCUUUUGCGGGAAGAUGAACCGGUGUACAGUCGAAGAACAGACAAGAGCCGAAAACAUUUCUUGAUUUGCAACUAUCAUCAGUCAGAUUCCACUGAGGAUGUCCCUAAGAUCAGUGUGCAGGACAUUAUUUUAGGAUGUGAUGAUACAUUACCCUGUGAAGAAUUUGAGGCUCUUGCAUGGAGGUCUCUCAUACCUCCCUACUACAACUACACAAUAAGCUUUAAGACACAAGAACCACAUCUUACAGUGGGAGGGAAGAAGCGUGCGCAUCAGGAGGAAGAACGUUUAAUUUGA